UUCCGAGAGGCGAUGAAAUUUCUCAAGCCCCGUUUAUUCACUUCAUCUUCCAAAACCCCGUUUUCUCUCUCCUUAAACCCAUUCAAAUUCUCGCCGCUCUCUGUCUCUCUUGCUCCGCCCACUUUCGGCAGCCGUAAUCCGAAGCGGGGGCCGUUGACUUUUCGUCGCUAUUGUCAUAGCUUCUGCUUCUCCAGAAGUGCUUCUGUCAGAGCAGCAAUGCAUACAUCUCCGCCGUCAAUUCAAGUGAAAGACCGUAUUGAUCUGACGGAAAAGGAGACGGAAAUAUUCGACCGUCUUCUUCAAGUUCUCCGCCACUUCACUCUCCAAACCCAGCUCCGCGUCGCUGGUGGCUGGGUUCGCGAUAAGCUCUUGGGUAAAGAAUGUUGCGAUAUUGAUAUCGCUCUUGACGAUAUGUUGGGAAGGGAAUUCUGCGAAAAAGUGAACGAGUAUUUGUCGUCUACCGGAGAAGAAACUCAUGGAAUCGGUGUUAUACAGUGCAAUCCCGAUCAGUCGAAGCAUUUGGAAACAGCAAGAAUGCGUCUUUUGGAUGUAUGGAUUGACUUUGUCAACUUACGAGCUGAAGACUACAGUGAGAAUAGUCGUAUCCCAACUAUGAGGUUUGGCACGCCUGAAGAGGAUGCUUUUCGAAGGGAUUUAACAAUCAAUAGCUUAUUCUACAACAUCAACACAAGUUCAGUUGAAGAUUUUACAGAAAGAGGCAUUGCAGACUUGAAAUCUGGGAAAAUAGUGACUCCGCUACCUCCAAAGCAGACAUUUUUAGACGACCCUCUUCGAGUUCUUCGAGCUAUACGGUUUGGUGCGAGAUUCGGAUUCGUGUUAGACGAAGAAUUGAAGAUAGCUGCUGCAGACAACGAUGUUAAAGCCGCUAUUGCUGAUAAAAUUAGCAGAGAGCGUAUUGGUCACGAGAUUGAUUUAAUGGUAUCUGGCAAUGAACCCGUAAAGGCAAUUACGUACAUCUCUGAAUUGCAGCUCUUUUGGGCUGUAUUUAGUGUUCCGUCUGAUAUCGAACCUUCAACUCCAGAAGAAUGUGAUCGGCUUUGUGUUGCUUACAUGGAUUCCGCAUCGAGACUUUUGCAGUUAGUAGAAUCUUCCUCCUUCACUGAUGACCAGAAGAGGCUCUGUCUGUAUGCGGCUUUGCUUCUACCCUUUAGAAAUGCUGUUUACAAAGACAAAAAAGGGAAAAAGAUUCCAGUCGUAAGCUACAUUUUUCGAACUUCUCUCAAGUUGAAGGCUAGUGAUGCAGAUAACGUAAUUAGCAUUCAUCUUGCAGCAGAAAAACUUUUAUCCUUGAUUCCUUUAAUCAUAAAAGACGAGACUUUCGAAAUUAUUGAGGGUGAUAAGCAUAAAGAAACUAUUGAUGUUCCAGCUGCUUCGAAGCUCCGGAUAUUAACUGGGUUACUUCUUCGAGAAAUCAAAGAAUUUUGGCGCGCUGCACUUAUGGUUUCUUUGCAAUUAUACCCAAAAGAUAUUGUUUCGAUUAAAAAUUCAUCAAGUGAAGAAACGGAAUUUAACGGGAGAAAAGAAUUAUUUAACAGGGUGGAGAAUGCAAUUCUUGAAAUGGGGUUGGAUAAAGUGUGGGAUUUGAAACCACUAGUGAAUGGCAGAGAAAUCAUGAGUAUGUUGCACCUAAAAUCUGGAGGGCCAAUAGUGAAAGAAUGGCAACAAAAACUGCUCGAAUGGCAGCUUGCAAAUCCGUCUGGUUCUGCGGAAGAAUGCAUCGAUUGGAUGAAUCAAACUCAAUCGAAACGAGCUAGGACAGAGUAAAACUUAUAAACGAACUUUCUUGAAUUCAUUCGGUUGCUUAAAGUCAUUUUUUAGUAUGUUGUUUUUUUGCGAGUUGGGGUUUUGAAUUCGAAUUAUAUAAAUUAUCCGACAUUGUGUACAGAAAUACAUACGGCCCCAAACUAUAUUAGAUUUGGAAAUUAGAGCUAAGAGAUGAGCAAUGUGCCAUAUAAUCUCUUUUGUUUCGUAUUACAUCGCAUUAUACGGCUUAAUGAUCUUACGAUUUACGAAUUAUUGCACGACAUAAUCUAUUUAUAUUGUAUCAUAUCGACUUUCUCGAUUCGAUUAUAUCGCAUUAUAAAUACUACUUGGUUACA